UCUCCGCGACGCUCACCCAUGCUUCCAGCUCGAGCAAUCUGCAUGCUGCUGAACUCACAUUAUCCCUCCCUACACAUUUCAUUUCUAAAACAUGGUCGAUGAGGACAAAACCGAUGAAAGCUUCGGAAUAGAAGUCAUCCUCCCAGACGACGGGAAGAAAGGCCCACCAUGUCCGCACGGUCCCACCUUGCUCUUCGAGAAAGUGGGUGGUGGGAACAAGGCAGGCAGACGGUUCUAUGCCUGCUCGGCUUGCAGAGAUCGGAAAGAAUGCAACUUCUUCCAAUGGGAAGAUGAUAAGGUUACCGAGGCCAGAUGCUUGGCAAGAGAGGUAGAGAAUCGGUCCAAAGCCCCCCCUUUCAGCCAGCAGCAGUACCGUGUCAGGUUCAGGAAGAUCGCUGCGCAGGACGACAAGCUCUUCUGCAAGGACUGCCAGCUCCUGCUACUCACGGAUGAGCACCUGGCCCACGGCGCCCACAAGAUCAUCCGGGUCAACGUGUCCCAGCUGCGGCGGCCCACCGCCCUGCUGCGGCCCCUGGAGAACAAGAAGAGCAACGCCCAGUACCUGUUCACCGACCGCAGCUCCCACUUCCUGCUGGACGCCGUCGCCGCGCUGGGCUACAGGAAGGUGCUGUGUGUCGGAACGCCAAGACUCCAGGAGCUGAUCAAGAUGCGUAACCUGGAGGGGGGUCAUGAGGCCAUGGAGAGCCUCCUGUUAGACAUCGACUUCAGAUACGCCCAGUUCUACAGCAAGGAUGAGUUCUGCCUCUACAACAUGUUCAACCACCACUUCUUCGACGGCGAGGCGUCCAAUCAGGUGCUGGAGGCGUUCCUCACAGAGGCAGAGGGGCAGAAGGUGGUGAUGGUGGCUGACCCGCCGUUCGGGGGACUGGUGAAGCCACUGGCCAGCAGCUUCUCUCAGAUCACCCAGACCUGGAAGAGAAUGCAGAGCCCUGACAGGGCCAGUGCGGACCUGUCCAUGAUCUGGACCUUCCCUUACUUCUUCGAGCCCCGCAUCCUGGAGUGCCUGCCCUCCCUGGUCAUGCUAGACUACCAGGUGGACUACGACAACCACCCCAUGUACAAGCAGGGCAAGUCGGGCCGGAAGGGGACCCCCGUACGGCUCUUCACCAACAUCCCCCCCAGAGACGUGGUCCUGCCCAAGGACGACGGCUACAAGUUGUGCUCUAAAUGCGACCGCUACGUGUGUGCCCUGAACAAGCACUGCGCCAAGUGCAACGUGUGUCCGUCCAAGGACGGCCGCGAGUGGAAGCACUGCUCGGCGUGCGAGAAAUGCGUGAAGCCAUCGUGGAGGCAUUGCCAGACUUGCGGCCGCUGCGCCCUCCCGGACCACCCCUGCACCACGGAGUCGGGCGUGGCCGCCGGCUGCUUCAACUGCGGCAGUCUGGACCACAAGCGCAGGGGCUGCCCCGAGAAGGACGGCCGCCGCUUCAAGAUGAGCGGGGGCAAGCCGGGGAAGAAGAACAAGAACAACGGCAACAAGAAGAAGAAGCCCGGUCAGCAGGUUGGACUGAAGCACAAGGCCAGUCACCGCUCAGGGGCCGCACGACGCACCAGAAAGGCCGCUCCCCCCAAGAGGAAAUGACCGCCUAACAAUGUCCCUGUCCUGUCUGCCAUCUUUAGACCGCCCUCUCUUCUGGUUGGCUGAAAUAGUGUCAGACCAUUGCGUUGCCUGUGACGUUACCUGGCAGUAAGUGUUUGGUGAUGUCCAAAUACAUUUGAAACAACAUCUAAUUGGGUCUCUUAUGUCAUUGAUGGUGACUUUCCAAUUGUUGAUAAGAUGAGAACUCACAUUGAAUUGCUGGUGUUUAGUGCACCUGAUUGUGAUUGUGUUUUGCCAUGGAUAUUUUUAUUAAUGAACUGUAAAAUAUCAGUCUAAAUAUCUAAGUUCCUGAUGUGUAUACUUAUUUGUAUGUGUCAACAUCCUUUUUUCCCAACAAAAGAUUAAAAUCCCUCUUGCCCUCGCUGGAUAACCAA